AGUCUAUAUAUCUAAAUAAUUAUAUGUUUUUCUUUCUCGCUUUUGUAGCUGUGGUGUGAUGGUCAUGAGAUCAAAAAAGUUCCGAGAUGGGAGAAUAUGGAUAGAGAUAUUUUAGCCAAGAUUUUCGAGAAGCUCAAUGUGGUGGAUAUUACCAUGGGAGCAUCACGCGUCUGCGUCACUUGGUUCCUUGUCGCUCACCAAAAAUCUCUAUGGAAAACCAUCAACCUCGCCAAUUCCCGACUUGUCGACUUCAAGCAUCCUCGAGUACAAAACUUGCGGUUGGACUCCCAAAACGUAAUAGAAGGUUUACACAAUCUAAGGAGGGUUUUGUUUGAAAUUACCAAAUUCAGCGGUACCGUCCCGACCAAUUUGUUCUUCAACUUCUAUUCCUUCAUAGAAGAUGAGGAUCUCAUUAUUGCUUCUGAGAGGAUGCCAAAUAUCAGAAAACUUGUCUUAUCUCAGUGGUGCACUAUAAUUUUAGUUGCGAUGGAGAUAUCAGACGGUCUUAAGGGGCUACUUGAAAAUUCGCCAUCUACGACAAAUUCGACUACUUGUCUUCCGAGGAAUUACAUUGUUCAAAGAUAUGAACAAUUUGCAAGUUGUAAAGUGAUGGAGAAGGUAGACAGGUCAGGAGAAGUUUCAAAAUGGGAAACUUUACACAGAGACAUACUCGCCAUUAUUUUCGAUAAGCUCGACAUGAUGGACAUUACUAUGGGAGUUUCACGCGUAUGUACUUCUUGGUUCCUUGCUUCUCACAACAAAACUCUGUGGCACACCGUCGAUCUCUCCAAGCUCCAACAAUUGGACUUCUCCUAUUUUGUCCAGUAUAAGGAUCGAGUUCGACCAAUCAUCUUCUACGAGCACCGGGUUGACGAAGAAGUAGCAGAGGGCCUAAACCUUAGGAGUCUUUAUAUUAAAAUCAGCAACUUCUUUUUUGACUUUAGUGUAUUACGCCUAACUCUCAGGGAUCUACUGGUUGAGAUCACCAAGCUGAGCCGCAUGAACCCGAAGAAUUUGUUCUUUCACUUCAAUUCCUAUGUACAAACAGAGGAUCUCAUGUUCGCUGCUGAGAGGAUGCCAAACAUAGAGAAGCUUGUUUUACCGGUCUGGUGCUAUAAAACCGAGGAGUCAUUUCAGUUUGUGUUCAGUCGAUGGAAGAAUCUUAAAACACUAAUCAUCGCGCAAGAUUAUCAGCUUCGCACCGGGACAUUCGACUUUCGAACCGUGGGAGAAAACUGCAGUAACCUUACAAACUUCAAAUAUUUGGGUUAUUUGCAAAACGCCAAUGUUGAGAAAAUCGUGAUGUACCUCCCGAACCUCAAGAGGUUGAGUUUGCGAUGCUCUUUCAUCAGGACUACAGGACUUAUUUCGCUAAUCACAGGCCUCCAAAACCUCACGGUUCUUAAUCUCUCACAUUGCAUAUACUUGGGUAUGGUUCCUGACACGGUGCCUGAUGACUAUUUUGUACAAGCCCCUAUUCAGAAGCUUGAAAAAUUCAUCACAUGUACUCAAGAUUGCAGGAUUUGCAAAAAUCAACGUCGCUACUCCUGGUCGUAUCUCUCUGAGGAUUGGCAGAAUGAUGAGAUAAAGGAAUUUGAAUUCUGAAAUAUUGAAAAGCUUUGUUUGUUGUUUCGAACGAAUGAUAAGCUAAAAUGUU